AAUCGUAUCGCAGCACCGCUUCACUCUGUUUCCGUUAUCGAAUCUCUCUCUCUUCCCACUUGCGAUUUCACCUUAUAAGGGCUCGCUCUCUUACUCUACACACACCUUUCAAGCAGUGAUCAACCUAUAUUGCAAUCGAGUUUCUUACGAAGGAGGGAAGAAAUACUUGUCAAUCUCCAUGCCUCGUAGCCGAUACGAUGAUGAUGACGAUCUGGAGCCAGAGGAGGAAGAGGAUUACGAGCCGGUGGACGAGGAAGAUGAGGAGUACCAUGACGGCGGGAAGGCUGGAAGGAAACGGACGAGAUCGGAUUUUAUAGACGAUUUUGCGGAGGAAGACGAUGAUGAGGAGGAGGAGGAGGAAGAUGAUGAGGAGUAUGACGGCGGCGGUGGUCACCGAGGUAAGCGGCAGAAGAAUCGAGGGUUGUCGAACUUCUUUGAUGAGGAAGCACAAGUUGAUAGCGACGAAGAGGAGGAAGAAGAGGAAGGCGAAGACGGUUAUGAGAAUGAAAUAAAUCUGUUGAAGUUUUCAGUUUUGAGUGAAUCAUUGCAAAUGUCAGUUGGUGGACUUGUUGAGUUUCGACUUUUUAACAUUUCUGAUAAAGAAUUCAAGAUUAUUAGAUUGGGGCAUGUUGUAAAUAUAGUGUCAGACACUACCAAGGAUCUUCUCCGUGUAUUUGCGGACAAUGUCGUGGAAAGCUCUGAGGUAACAUCCGGUAUCACACGAAUUGGAGAUUACGAGCUUCAUGACCUUGUUUUGAUGGAUGAUAAUAGUUUUGGUGUGAUUAUACGUGUUGAUAGCGAAGCUUUUCAGGUCCUUAAGGGGGUCCCAGAGAGGUCAGAUGUCGCACUUGUGAGGUUAAGGGAGAUCAAAUACAAGAUUGACAAGAAACUUUUUGCAAAAGAUAGGUACAAGAACACACUAUCAGUGAAAGACGCAGUGAAAAUUUUGGAUGGUCCAUGCAGGGGUAAACAAGGUCCUGUUGAGCAUAUCUACAAAGGAAUUUUGUUUAUUUAUGAUCGACAUCACCUUGAACAUGCUGGCUUCAUUUGUGCUAAAUCUGAAUCUUGUAUGAUGGUUGGUGCACGUGCAAAUGGAGAUAGGAAUGGUAACUCAUUCCCAUCAAGAUUUAACCAUCUCAGAACCCCGCCUCCUGCUCCCCAAUCUCCAAUGAGAACACCUAGAGGCGGUCCUAUUAAUUCGGGUGGAAGACAUGGUGGUGGACGAGGGCAUGAUGCUUUAGUGGGGACUUCAAUAAAAAUUCGUCUCGGCCAUUACAAGGGAUGCAAGGGCCGUGUUGUAGAUGUUAAAGGUUCCUCUGUUCGGGUUGAAUUGGAGUCGCAGAUGAAGGUUGUUACAGUUGACCGUAGCUAUGUUUCUGACAAGGUGAACGUCUCCACGCCAUUUAGAGAAACAUCCAGAUAUGGUAUGGGAAGUGAGACGCCCAUGCAUCCUUCUCGAACUCCACUACAUCCAUAUAUGACUCCCAUGAGAGAUCCUGGAGCUACUCCUAUUCAUGAUGGUAUGAGGACGCCUAUGCGUGACUGGGCAUGGAAUCCAUAUACACCUAUGAGUCCACCAAGGAACAAUUGGGAAGAUGCAAAUCCUGCUUCUUGGGGAACUAGUCCGCAGUAUCAGCCAGGAAGUCCUCCUUCACGAACGUAUGAAGCACCUACUCCCGGUUCUGGUUGGACUAGCACUCCUGGUGGCAAUUAUAAUGAAGCGGGCACUCCAAGGAAUAAUACUUCGGGAUAUGCAAAUGCUCCAAGCCCAUACUUGCCUUCUACUCCUGGUGGACAGCCUCCAAUGACUCCAAGCUCAGCUUAUUUACCUGGUACACCUGGAGGGCAACCGAUGACUCCGGGGGGUGGCGGCCUGGAUAUGAUGUCACCUGUCGUAGGUGCUGACAGUGAAGGACCUUGGUUCUUGCCGGAAAUUUUGGUCAAUGUUCAUAGGCCUGGUGAAGACAAUGCUUUGGGAGUUAUCCGAGAAGUUCUUCCGGAUGGUUCCUGUAGGGUUGCUCUAGGUUCCAGUGGGAAUGGUGAGACAGUCACCGUCCUUCCCAGUGAACUCGAGGUGGUUGUGCCAAGGAAGUCGGACAAAAUUAAGAUCAUGGGUGGUGCACAGCGUGGGGCCACCGGGAAGCUUAUUGGCAUCGAUGGUACUGAUGGCAUUGUUAAAGUUGAUGAUACUCUGGACGUGAAAAUUCUAGACAUGGUUAUAUUGGCCAAGCUUGCUCAAACCUGAUGAUGAGCCAUUUAUACACACCCGAGUUAAUGCCAUCGACUGAUGCCAAUGCAUUUAUGUUAUUUCCUAGUCGCGACUUAUGGGUAUACUAUUGAUAUGUCAAGCUAAAACAUGGUCAUCACUUUCGUGCUGCUCUCAACAUGCUGCUUAAGAAGACUGUUAAGGUGUGGUGUUGAGGAAAGGAAAAAAAGGGUAAAUGGCUUUUUCCUUCUGAUAUAUCGGAUGUGAAAGAGGAUAGAAAUGGCAAGGCUCGCCUUUCCCCUUAGAAGUGGUCAUUUAAUUUUUCAGCUCUCUUUUAUGCUUUGAAAAUGUAAAUUUUUUUACCAUUGGAAAUGAACGACCUUUAACAAAACUGACGAUACUGAAGCACUUUUAGCAUUUGGAUUUUUUCCUAUAUAUAAUGACCAUUCUUUUCUCUGAGAUAUAAUUAGAGCUUCA